CCUUCCGUGCUGGCUGUAGACGCUCCUCACCACUGGCGAGUUGUUCUCUCUGUCUUUUCCUUCUCGCGCUCUCUUCCACCCAUCUUGCAUGUGCUCAGUUUAGUGUUUACCGAGCCGGACAGAGCUUUCUCCAGCGGUAGCGGACACUGCGGGGGAACAAAACCACUAUGGAUUGCUAAAACUCGGGCUUAUUUUUCUCUUUUCCCACCUUCUCUCUCGCCUUGUUUCCUCCUCCUCCAUGUCUCUCCACAGUUUUUAAGGGACGGAAAAUGAGGAUUAUUUACCCGCACUUUGUCGGGGUGUUUUCCGCCCUUUGGGGGCUAGCGACUGGGGCUUUCCCCAGCAGUGUUCAAAUAGGUGGUCUAUUUAUCAGGAACACAGAUCAGGAGUACACAGCAUUUCGACUGGCUAUCUUCCUGCACAACACCAGCCCCAAUGCCACGGAGGCUCCAUUCAACCUUGUACCCCAUGUCGACAACAUUGAGACAGCUAACAGCUUCGCCGUCACAAAUGCCUUCUGUUCGCAGUACUCGCGGGGUGUGUUUGCUAUCUUCGGCCUGUACGACAAGCGUUCGGUGCACACCCUGACGUCGUUCUGCAGCGCUCUGCACAUCUCCCUGGUCACGCCCAGUUUCCCCACGGAGGGGGAGGGCCAGUUCACCCUGCAGCUCCGCCCCUCUAUCAGAGGAGCUCUGCUGUCCCUGCUGGACCACUACGACUGGAGUCGAUUCGUAUUCCUCUACGACACAGACAGAGGUUAUGCCAUCCUACAGGCAAUCAUGGAGCGAGCAGGUCAAAACGGUUGGCAGGUGAGUGCCAUCUGCGUGGAGAGUUUCAACGAGGCAGCGUACCGUCGUCUGCUAGAAGACCUGGACCGCCGGCAGGAGAGGAAGUAUGUCAUCGACCUGGAGCCUGAGAGACUGCAAAGCAUUCUAGAACAGGCUGUUAGUGUGGGGAAACAUGUCAAAGGCUACCAUUACAUCUUGGCCAACCUGGGUUUUAAAGACAUAUCUCUAGAGAGAUUUAUGCAUGGUGGGGCUAACAUCACAGGGUUCCAGUUGGUUGACUUCAGUAAGCCAAUAGUCCUCAAACUGAUGCAGCGCUGGAACAAACUGGACCAGAGAGAGUACCCAGGCUCUGACAUCCCACCCAAGUACACCUCGUCUCUGACGUAUGACGGGGUGUUGGUGAUGGCCGAGGCCUUCAGGAACCUGCGUCGUCAGAAGAUAGACAUCUCCCGUAGAGGAAAUGCUGGAGACUGUCUGGCCAACCCAGCUGCUCCCUGGAACCAGGGCAUAGACAUGGAACGCACACUCAAACAGGUGCGUAUCCAGGGUCUAACAGGUAACAUACAGUUUGACCACUACGGCCGCAGAGUCAACUACACCAUGGACAUGUUUGAACUGAAGAGCAACGAACCACAACGGAUUGGCUACUGGAACGACAUUGACAAACUGGUUCUGGUCCAGAAUGAGGUGCUGUUGUCUAACGACAGCACAAACAUUGAGAACAGGACAGUCGUUGUGACAACUAUCAUGGAGGGUCCUUAUGUGAUGCUGAAGAAGAACUGGGAGAUGUUUGAGGGGAAUGACCAGUUUGAGGGCUACUGCGUGGACUUGGCCUCAGAGAUCGCCAAACACAUCGGCAUCAAGUACAAGAUCGCCAUCGUCCCUGACGGCAAGUACGGAGCCAGAGACCCCGAGACCAAGAUCUGGAAUGGCAUGGUGGGAGAACUGGUCUAUGGGAAAGCAGAGAUAGCGGUCGCCCCUCUGACUAUAACCCUGGUACGUGAGGAGGUGAUAGACUUCUCUAAGCCCUUCAUGUCCUUGGGGAUCUCCAUCAUGAUCAAGAAGCCCCAGAAGUCUAAACCUGGAGUGUUCUCCUUCCUGGACCCUCUGGCCUACGAGAUCUGGAUGUGCAUCGUCUUCGCUUACAUAGGGGUCAGUGUGGUGCUGUUUCUGGUGAGUCGCUUCAGUCCAUAUGAGUGGCAUGCAGAGGAGCCAGAGGAAGGCUCUACUGAGCCAGGCCCCACUGACCAGCCACCCAAUGAGUUUGGCAUCUUCAAUUCACUCUGGUUCUCACUGGGGGCCUUCAUGCAGCAGGGCUGCGACAUCUCACCACGGUCUCUGUCGGGGCGUAUAGUGGGGGGCGUGUGGUGGUUCUUCACUCUCAUCAUCAUCUCGUCCUACACGGCCAACCUGGCUGCCUUCCUCACAGUGGAGAGGAUGGUGUCGCCCAUAGAGAGUGCUGAGGAUCUGGCCAAGCAGACGGAGAUCGCCUACGGAACACUGGACUCAGGCUCCACCAAGGAGUUUUUCAGGAGGUCAAAGAUUGCUGUAUAUGAGAAGAUGUGGUCCUAUAUGAAGUCUGCUGAGCCCUCUGUCUUCGCUAAGACCACAGCGGAGGGCGUAGCUCGCGUCCGCAAGUCCAAAGGGAAGUACGCUUUCCUCCUGGAGUCCACCAUGAAUGAGUACACGGAACAACGCAAGCCCUGCGACACCAUGAAGGUUGGAGGCAACCUGGACUCCAAGGGAUAUGGCAUUGCCACACCUAAAGGCUCACAGCUAAGAACCCCGGUAAACCUUGCGGUUUUGAAACUGAGUGAAGCAGGCGUCUUAGACAAACUGAAAAACAAAUGGUGGUACGAUAAGGGCGAGUGUGGACCCAAGGACUCGGGAAGUAAGGACAAGUCCUCCCAGGCCCUGAGCCUGAGCAACGUGGCUGGGGUCUUCUACAUCCUGGUGGGGGGUCUGGGCCUAGCCAUGCUGGUGGCCCUGGUCGAGUUCUGCUACAAGUCGCGUGCCGAGGCCAAGCGCAUGAAGCUGCCCUUCACAGAAGCCAUGCGGAACAAGGCUCGGCUGUCAAUCACGGGCAGUGUGGGUGAGAAUGGGCGUGUCUUAACCCCGGACUGCCCUAAGGCCGUCCAUGCUGGCCACUCCCUCAGACACCCAGGGCUUUCCCUACCCUCGGGCCUACCCUGAAAACCAAAAACACACACUGUGCCUUAACCACACACACACACACACACACACACACACACACACACACACACACACACACACACACACACACACACACACACACACGGCUACAUCAUUACCACCCCGACGCCACACACACACACAGACCAGAGACCGCCAGCAAGCUAACAGCAACUACAGGGAGAGAAGGACAACAAGGUGCCAAACUGACAGUGUCAGCACACUAACGACACAGGAACCGAAAUAAACAAAAAGAUGGCGAUGUUGAUGACGAAGACUUUGGGCAGCGUCAUGAGCAAAGCAGACGUGACUUUAUCUGCGCCGACGUGAUAGAAUGGGUCCUCUAACAAGCCACACACCUGACCCAAUACCAGGAAACUAUGCUUUAGGACAAACACCACCAUCAUCAUAAUCUUCAUCAUCUUCACUUGCCUGCGAGGAAUAAGCGGCAGGAGAAUCUCUUAUAAGACCAUAAAACUGUAAACCUGAAAACAUUGGACUGUACAAACCUGCUGUUUCGCCGUGAACUGGUCAGACGAACAUGCUUUCUUACAGCGCUUUGGUUAGCGUCUCGCAAAAACAACACAGUGAUCACUGAAGUUAAACUCGAUGGAUAUCUCCAAACUCACACGGCUAACACAACCGUAGGAUUCACAGGAGUUUGUAGAAAUAAACUACAAAAAGGAGUAAUAGUUACUGAAAUGAUCCAUGAAAUGACAGUAACGCUAAAUAACAACUAGAUGUAUCACUUCUCUGGGCGGGGAACAGAGGUAAACCUGUACAUUCUGUGAGAAGUGAAGAAAACGUAUCGAAGCUCAUCUCAAAUGGGACAUUAUCCCCAAUAUAAGGCAUUAUUUUUGACCAGGGCCACAUUUAGCCAGCUAGGCCCCUGGUCUAAAGAACUGAGACGUAGCCAUGUUGUUUUUCCGUGGAGGGGGAGGUACUGUAUCAGAAGCUUGCUUUUUAAACUGUUGUAAAUAACUGUGUAGCAAAACUGAACUCACCUCUCUUUUUUAACCAUCUUAGGUAAUAAUUCAUUGCAAUAAUGAAUAUAACAAAAUGCCACUUGUAAUUAUGAAUACAUCUUUUUAUAAAUACAUAUUAUAUACAGUACAAAUGAAUAUAUAUCUAUACAUCUACAGAGAGCUAUAGAACAUUAGAUUAUCACCAUUGACUGAGGCCAUGACAUAUGUUCUGUUAAAAGGGUGUUUUGAUAAUGAUAAUGAUUCAUUUACACAGUCUUUGUGUGUCCUAAUCCACACUGAAUGUCAAUCUGACACUCACAAACACAUCCACAAACACACACAUCACUUACACGGGGUCAACUCUUGCAGAGUGAUCUUCGGCACCACACAAGAUGUUCCUUAUUUUUCUAGUUGUUUGUUCCCCAUUUUGUUUUAUUUUGUUGUUUUGUUCAUCAUUUUGAGAACAUAGCCUCUGUACGUGCAAUAGUCCCAGAUCUUCUUUGUGUUUAAUCCUCUAGCCAUGUUGUUUUGUCUGACCGUCUUCUGUUUUAAAGGCUAUUACAGCAGUACCAGACAUUUUGGUGGCAUUGACAGCAGUUGCGGGGGUAGUAUUUCCUUUGGCCUGGAAUUUUGAGCACUCUGUAUCUCCUUCUCAUCUCCCCUUGACCUAACCCCUGACAUUAAACCUUUGACCUUUAGACUCGUAUAGGCACUGACACAACCAGUCAGCCUUUAAACUCUCACUCUGAGCCCUAGUCUUAAUCUCUCUCCCUCUCCUAACCCUCUAGAGUUUACAAGACAUUUAGAUGAUUUCAUGUGUAUAUUCUUCAAUCUCCCACCAGAUGAACUAAAACCCAGACAGGCACUCCUAUCUGUGUAUUGCUGAAGCAGACAGGUUGACUGCUGGCUGGCUACUAACCACUUCAGUGUUUUCUGGGUUUAACACAAUCUUUCUUUGUAUUUGGUUACGUUUUCUAGUAAAAUAUCAACCCCUGCUU